AUGUCUCUCGCGCACAAACUCAAACGGGAAGCAAUGGGCUGUCCCGCAACCGAGAUGCCUCUCCCCUUACUCCCCCUGGUCUUCUUCGCCCACUUCGCCCAGACAGUCACCGACGUCCUCGCCACCGAAGCCCGCCGGACGACCGUCAACCUCUCCAAGAACUUCGACACGCUCCGCCUCCAGGUCCGCGGGCCGGAGCACACCUUUUCGCCCUUCUCGCGCCUGCCUGCCGAACUCCGCCUCAAGAUCUGGGACCAUGCCUGCCGGCCCCGGACGUUGCUGGCCACCCACGCGCCGAAUCCUGCCCUGCUGUCCGUCAACCGCGAGGCCCGGCACGAGACGCUGAGGCGGUACACCCUCGUCAGGCUCAACACGUGGGGCGAUCGGAGGAUCUACAUUGACUUCCGCCAGGACAGCAUUGUCAUUGUCGAGGGGAAAGGCGGCGGCGGGUUCCCUGUACGCGGGGCGCGACACGUCAUCGUCGUCUGUGAGGAUCCUUUCCGCAACCCGGGGUCGUGGUUGAAGUGCCGGUACCGGGCCGGGCUGGACUCCCUGACGCUGGUCCUGAAUGGCACAACGACGACCAAGUCCCUCACGCCGCUUCCGCAGAUCCAGGAGCUGCACACUCCGGAAGAUGUCCAGCAACGGCUGGGAUACAGUAAAGAGGAGGCGGAGAGGAUAGGAGGGGAGGUCAGAGAGCUGGCGCAGGGAUGGGGAAAGACGCAGAUCCGCGUGGGGGAGUUUAUCUGA